AUGUUCUCGACGCUGAAAGAAAAGUUCGAUACAGGAUCGCAAUGUGUGGCUUCCGACGACGUUGUUCAGAUCAUCGGACUCGAUGGAGACUCAACUCGGUUACCGUGCCUGGUGGACACAACGAAGUGCGGCGAGGUUUUUCUCAUUACGUGGAGCAAAUACGUGAAUGAUAUGUGGAAACGAGUGUUCAUAUACAACGGUAACAAGCAGAAUGCGCAGCUGGACCUCGCUGACGGCGCGGUAACGAGAGCCGACUUCUACAUCAAGAACACGACAGCGAUCCUACAAAUCGCCCCGCUCAAAUUGACAGACGAAGCUCGAUACAAGUGUGACGUCACCUACAAGAAAGGAGGUUGUCCAUCGCUUUCAUACACGAACCUUAUUGUGCGAGCAAAGCCGAAAGAUCCGGUCAUCGAACUCAGUGGUGUGGAGUACCCCGACGGGGCUGUGAUAGGACCACUGCUCGAAGAGGAGACGUUCAACGUAACGUGCACGACGCGUGGCGCCAAGCCGCCGGCCCAGGUGGUCCUUUACCAAAACGACCAGGAGCUCAAAGCUCAACUGGUCAGCUCGACGGUCGAUGGAUACAUCACAAGUACUGUCACGUACUCGAACGUUUUCAACAGAGACGAUAUCCGGUCUCGUUUCAAGUGCGAAGUUCGCCACGUAACUUUCCCGGAACCCAAAAGCAUUGAAGUGCAAAUCAUGCUCCAUUUGAAACCGCGGGAUAUCAGCCUCAAACCCCCGCAGAUGAAUAUACCCGAGGGCGGUCGGAUGAUAUCCACCUGCGUGGUUCAAGGAGCGAACCCGGCCGCAAAUGCGAUAUGGUACCGUGAGGGAAUCGAAUUGGCUUCCCAACCUCAUUCGUCACACAGCAGAACCGAAGACGACACCUUCGACACGACGAGUGUCCUCGAUAUUCCUGUGAACCGAUACGAUCACAACGUCGUGUUCGCCUGCCACGGUACUAAUGAAGUCAUGAAACAAAAAGGAGCCGUUCCUCUCAUGGAUAACUACACCAUGAGCGUAUUGUUCACUCCUUUCGUCUGGAUCGAGCGCGCCAACAAUUAUCCCGUGAAACAGGGCUCUUCUGUAGACGUUAUCUGCAAUUUCACGGCGAAUCCAACCAACAUAUUCGACUACACUUUCGCAAAAGAUAACGUCACGAUCCAUGCCGCCGAUGAGAAACUCUACGCCCUCAUCCAGGAUGCCGAUAACAGCCCGAUCCUCCGAAUUCUGAACGUGACGAAGGACGACCAUGGAAAUUAUACGUGCUCCCUCAAGAACGAGAUGGGCUGGGGCAAUUCCUCGAAUGCAGUGUCCCUCGAUGUCCUCUAUCCGCCGACUGCCAAGCUCGAGAUGAACCCGACGACUGUCAAGGACGUCGACACAAUGCCGAAGGAUCUCGAAGUGAUGCUGCGAUGCGACGUCGAGGACGGCAACCCAACCUGGACCCACCGAACACGCUGGUACCACAACGGUAUCCUCUUCAACGAAACUUCCGAAUACGAACUCCAUUUGGCAGGCUACCGAGCGCAGGCCGGAAACUUCACCUGCAGUCUACAGAACGAUGCGGAUUUCGGAAAUCAGUCUUCUCCGAUCUAUCUCGACGUUGAAUAUCCACCGGGCUCCGCUCGAAUCCAGAUCGCGGAAAUGUAUGCGGUCAAAAACAAGUCUGUCACGCUACUCUGCCUCCUGGACGACGUGGGCCAUCCGGACGUGCACGCCUAUACGUGGUACGUUAACGAUACGUUCCUCGAUGAUACCAUUGCGAACAACUACACCAUCUACAACAUCUCUAUGGAAACUCAGCGCCAGUACGGAUGCGAGGGCAAAAACACCGUUGGCAGCGGACUCAGAGGUUAUCUCGACCUGAUACAGUUCGCCCCUCCGGCAAUGGUCGAACCUCUUCCACCGGUGUUCGGGGCGCUUUUCAAUGACAGCAACAUCGAACUACGCUGUCGAGUCGAGUGCAGCCCCGAAUGCUCCGUCGAAUGGUAUCGCACCCAUCCGGAUAAAGGCAGCUAUAGCCUCGUAUUCGAUCCGCUCUACAGCAUCGAGACCGUGCUGGACCCGGCGAACAUCACCGAGAACUACUUCUCGGGUGUAGUUUCCACUCUACGCUUCAACCUCGAUCAAUUUCCCAAUGGUAUCCUGGAUCUCACGAAGGACGGGACUCAGAACAAGGACUUUGUGGUUCAGUACAGCUGCGUGAGCAGCAGCAACUUCGUGGGGCCAUCCGUCAACUCGACGACAAGAUUCCAGGUCGAAUACGCUCCGGAUAAUGUUCGCGUCAACCCCGAGCGGCAGAACGUCCGAGUCGGGGACCGUCACGAGCUGGUUCAGUGUCGAGGCAAAGGCGUGCCGCCCCCGCACUAUCAAUGGUUCUUUAAAGGACGUCUGAUCUCGAAUUCCUCGCAACUGCCCCCGGAGUACGACCUCAAGAAAGAUCAUCACGGGAAUUAUACCUGCGUCGCUUCGAAUACUCAUGGCCAAGCUUCGAAAAUAGCUUACAUAAAUAUCGUCUAUAAGCCGUCUUGUAGCAUCAGUGCGGAAAGCUCCACCGGAGACGAUGACGAACCGGAUCGCUUGGUCUGCCGCGUAGACUCGAAUCCCACGAAGUUCUCCGUCAAAUGGGACCGCAACAAUAAACCGCUGAGCGACAAAAACGUCCUAAUCGAGGGCAUGUCCUCUGUGCUCGUUCGGGACUCUGACACGGAACAGUUCCACUUGGGUGAAUACCGCUGUUCACCGAAUAACUCUAUCGGUUUCACCGAGUGCGUGUUUGUGGUCGAAGGGGCCGCUGCCCUGCCAGCAGGACUCGUCUGGGUAAUCCUGGCAAUUAUAAUUAUCAUCCUCCUGCUGACAAUCAUCGUGCUGCUAAUCUGCCUAUUCAGGAGGAAACUGAAGCAAUCGGACCCUUACGAUCUCAGUGACGUUUUCCGUAGAACUACUCCCGCCACGUAUCAAGCCGUUGCCAAGGGACCAGUGCCGCCCGUCCCGCCGCCCAUCAAUCAGAGUGUCGUAUCGCCUGCCUACGAGAACGUCAAUUUCAAGAAGAAUCAAGUCGAGCCCACGAUUGAGGGUGGAGAGGAUCUCAUCUAUGCAGACAUGUACGAAGAUAGCAAAGGUGGAAAAAUUCCUGAUCCUCGAGAAACACCUACUCUGCCUCCGAAGAACAUUUCAGGACAGCCGACUCCGCCGCUACCCCCUAAAGCUCCAGCGAGGAAAGGUCACAAAUCCUGGGAAAACGAAUGA